UACUUGCACUUAAUGUUGUGGAGGAUCAAGAGAAGAAGGGGGGACAAGAGCGAGGUAGGGAUAUCUUUUUUUAUUUCACGAAUGUUUUUGAUUUAGGCAGAUUUCAGGAGAAGAACUCUGUUUUCUUCUUGGAGAGCUUUUAUUCACACGUUUGCACGGCCAAAUUACAAGAGCAAUAAACUUCUGCAAUGGCUUUUAAAGCUUUCAUAAAAACACAUGUCUACACGAAACAAGAAGCCUCCAAAGCAAAGGACAGAUCCAGCAUCCAGUGCCUCGAGUGCUAUGAUCGAAAUGUGUACAUCGGGACCAAAAAUGCAACAGUCCAGCACCUCAUCCUGUCGAGCGGCACAAAUGGAGACAUGAGUCCUGAGCAGAUCACAACCAGAGAUGGCAGAACAAAAAAACUAGGAUCAAACAAUCCUAUAGUGCAACUGAGAGCUGUCCCACUUUUCAAUCAUUUGCUGGUUUUGUGGGAUCGAAGCAUUAUUGCCCUCAACAUGUUCUCCUUAGACCCUGUUCCUACUCUGAAGAAAAUCCAGCAUGUGUCUUUGUUCGAGGUGAGCGAGUCGUCGUUCACAGAUCGAGGAGGAUGUGUGGGGAUGGUGACUUCCUCCAGCCGCAGGAAAGUGAUCCAUAUACACACGGUGGGAGUGGACAGGUGGGAGGUUGUCAAGGAAGUCCCACUACUUCAGGAUCCUUGGGCCCUGGCAGUAGAUGGCACCAUUGUGUGUUUAGCUACCUGUGACAGGUAUCUCCUCUGUGAUGUCGAGACUGGGAGAGGCGAGGAGCUUUUUCCUCACGAUCACAGCAGACAGCGCAUCAUUGUAACCUCAGCGGGCCGAGGGGAAUUCCUCCUCAAUGGGCCUGAAUCACUGGGCAUGUUUGUGAUGAAGACAGGGACUUGCCAGUGUCCUCCCCUGCAGUGGUCUCCGGACGUACUCGCAGCCAAAGUGUGUUUCCCUUACAUCCUCACCGUGCAGCCCCAUGCGCUAUUGAUCUACAGCAUGUUGGAUCAGCAGUGCAAACAGACUGUGAGUGUCCAUGGAGCGAAGGGUCUGCUCUCCACGCCAGGUGGUGUGGUUGUGUUCACAGAGAGAGAUAUUUUCAGCCUGCGCCUGGUGCCGUUGGAGGAGCAGAUCCAGGCACUCGUAGGACAAGAGAAGGUCGAGGAGGCAUUGCUGCUGCUGAAUGGAGUUCAAAGCCAUCGGCCACUUGACUCAUACAAGGAUCUGCAGAAGACCAUCACAUGUCUCGCUGGAUUUGUUCACUUUUACCAGGAGGGAUUUUCAGAGGCCAAAGAUUUAUUCAUAAAAGGUGAGCUGGACCCCAGAGAAAUCCUCCUCCUCUACCCUGACAUAGGGACAUGUCUCGGUGAAGACUUUCACUCCCAGCUUGAUCAAGAGAACAGAGGCAGAGAUCUCCAGCUGCUCUGGCAAAAGGACAGAAACACAUUUCAUCACUACCUGACCUUCUUGGGAGAUUUCCUCAGAGCUGUCAGGGGGACGGAGCAGGACUUGAAGUGCUCAACAGAGGUGGACUGCGCCCUCCUGAGGCUGUAUGCAGAACUGGGAGACACAGAGAAUCUGCAACAGCUUGUGAUAUUUCCCAAUGAAUGCAGGCUGGAAUACUGUGUUCCUGUUUUGGAGCAAUAUAAAAGAUUUUUUGCAUUAGGUUCCCUCUAUCAAAGCCAUGGGAAGCAAACUGAUGCACUUGAGACGUGGGUGAAGAUUGCAGAUGGCUCCCACAAAGACUCCUCUUGCUCGGAUGUGUACGGUCACAUCGUGUGGACCCUCAGUCAGCUGGACGACAAAGAGACUGUGUGGAAAUUUGCAGACUGGACUCUGCAGAGAAACCAAGAGAUAGGAGUGCAGCUUUUCACCAAACGUCCCCGAGAGGAUCGAUUGGAAACACAAGACGUCCUUGUUCUUUUGGAAAAGCACCUGCUGGCGUUGGUUUUGUAUCUUGAGUUCCUGAUACAUGAUUUGACCAGUGAGGAGGAAAGCCAUCACAACCGUCUGGCCUUGGCAUAUGUUACUCAGAUGCUGCAAGAGGAAGAGGAAGCAGAUUUGAGGCCGACCAGGGGGAAGUUGCAACAUCUGUUGUGGGAAUCUAAAUUCUAUGAUGUCUCCACUCUAUAUGAGAGAGUCAAGUUGACAGCCCUGCACAGAGAGAAAGCCAUUCUCCUUGGUAGGAGAGGGGAACACUCCCAGGCUCUGCAGGUGCUUGUACACCAGGAGCGAGACCUCCAGGCUGCAGAAGCCUACUGCUUUAGGGCUGUGCAGGACCAGGACCCUCAGGAGCUACUGCUCACCUUACUCCAAAUCUACCUGGGCUCCGAGGAUCUGAUCAGCACUGUAGUAGACCUGCUCAACAACAACCCUCAGGCCUUUGCUGCGGAGAAGGUCAUCCAGCUCCUGCCAGACUCCUGGUCUGUUCAGCUGGUCUCUCAAUACUUAUUCAGAUCUAUCAGGGCGACCGUUCACCAGCGACGGAUGGUGAAGCUGCAAAAGGCGCUGGCCCAGGUGCAGCUCAUGCAGCACAAGGUGAUCUGGAUGCAGGCCUCGAAAACCAAGUUCAGACUGGACAAGGAUGAGAAGUGUAAGGUCUGUCAGAGAGUCCUCACAGAGCCGGAGUUUGCUUGUAGCACUCAUGGUGAGCUGAUGCACACGAGCUGCGCUGGGUUAAUUUCAGCACCAUAAAGACACCGAUGGACCAGUCGGUUGCAUUUGCACACAUGUGAAGAGAGUAUGUCUCCACAUUGUUGAGGUGUUCUUUUUUAGCCGGAAGAGUGUCUGUUCCUACCUGAUCAUUUAUCAAGAUAAGUCAUCCUGGCCAGGAUUCACUUUAUGGACCUUCAACCAGACAUGUUCCCCAAUUAGAAAAAGGAAAAUACAUUGAGUAAAUAACUGGUUUCAGAAAUGUGAAAGCGCAUGCUUUGCACUUUUUCAGGGCGGCAAUGUCUGAGCCUUUUCUUAGAGACACUGUGGACAGCAAUAACUAUAAAGUGAAUUGUGGAGGACACUCAGGACUCAGGGAUAUAUAUUCACUGAUCAGACAGUGGUGUUUUACAUAAAAACCACCUGUGGUCACCCUGGUGACCGGAGGGAAUUUGACCAUCCUCCAACGCUGUAUAUAUGCAUCUCCACCAUCAUGGUUUCCACUGACUGUGUAUAUUUGUCUUCAUAGAGCUGGAAAUAGAAAGUCAACAAACUGCACGUGAGAGACUGCUUUUUUAGAUUCAGCCCGUGCUUUUAUAUACAUUUAUAACCAAGAACGUGUUUAAAGGUGAAAGGUAAACAAAUAGAGGAAGUGCAGAGUUUGGGGGGGGGAGUUUCUGCAAUGAAAUAAUUUAACAUAAGUAAUCACAUGACCAGUCUGUGCCUUGUAUAGAAUAUGAAAUCGGAAUAUCUUUUUCUUUUUUUUCUUUUUUUUUUUUUAACGAACAUCAUCCCUGUAUCAUUAUGGAACAUCAAAACAUGUAGUCUAAAUAAUCACACACAAAUCCAUGUGUCCAAAUUACAAUAUCCUGUAAAUAAACAUAAACACAUAUCAUCAGUCGGAUGACAGCA